CAAGUAAGAACAAGCUAUUUAUAGAUAUUGUUCGUUUGCGCUAGGUUCAUUUCUUUUAGUGUUUUGGAAUUGCUCUGAUUUCUUUUCGGAAUUCCUUGGUUUGUACAAGGAAAGAAUCAUUCUAUUUCAUGACGCUUUAAAGAAUCGCAACUUUUUGUUUUGUUUUUGCUUCAUUUUGAAUAGAUUUUUGUCAAUCUCUUGGAAUUCAUUUCCAAAACCGAGCCUGUGGCCUGGAAAACUUUUUUUCUCUUCUCAUUCCACUUUCUCUUUAUUUUAUUCUAUUUUUUAGGUGCAUUAUAACAAUCCGCUCGGUACAUAUUUUCUCUUUCGGGAAUUUGGUGCUUGUUUUACAUACUCGUAUCCUUUUUUGUCACUAUACCUUUUAUUGUAGAUUAUGUCAACACCAAAUAGUCAACGGGAAACGAGCUUCUUCAAGGAUGAUCAGCUUGUUCAAUCCCCAGUCAGCUCACCUUCCUUGCAUGAGUCUCCCACAUCUUCGCCUUCUUUAAGUCCUAGUUUUCAAAACUUGAAGGAUUUAAACGGUCCAAGAUUACCAUCUCAAUUAACACAAAAUGACACAGACUCGAUGCAAGCUGCCCCUUCCCGUGAGACAAACGUUUCCACUAAAAAAGAAAACACGACCCCUCCCCGCCCAUCAACAUCUACUUCUCCCAAUGCAUCCUCGUUAACGUCUAGCGAUUCGUCUCCUGUUCCUUUUCAAUUAAAUCCUCAGCAUAAGCCUCAACGAAUGGCCUCGGAAGGAUACUUUGCAAUGCCAAAGCAAGUCUCUUCUUUACGCACAGAGUAUCGUCCUGCCUCUCUUCAUCAUGUCCCCAGUUUCCAUUCACCCGGUGAUAGUACUCCACCUUCUCCCCUUAUGCUUGCUCAAAGUAUGAAGAGAAAAGGUUCCACAAUGAGUAUACCGGGCCAAACAUCGAGUGUUUAUUCUAAUCCAAAUUCAGAAGGUGAAGGUGCUGGCCCAGAGGAGAAACUAGUUAUAAUAAUGGUCGGUCUUCCUGCUCGGGGCAAGUCGUAUAUUGUGAACAAAUUAGUGCGAUACUAUAACUGGCUCCAAUAUAAUUGUAAAGCGUUUAAUGUCGGAAAUCAUAGGAGAAAACAAGCUUUUCAUGGGCAUGAUGAUGCUUCCUUUUUUGAUCCUUCAAACCCUGAAACUUCUAAAAUUCGCGAGGACAUGGCAAUGAAUACACUGAGUGCUUUGCUAGAUUGGUUUGAAAAUGAGAAUGGUGUUGUUGGUAUUUUCGACGCUACCAAUAGUACUGCUAGCCGAAGGAAGGCUAUUGUCGAGCACUUAAAGAAUGUUCCAUACGUAACUACCCUUUUCAUUGAGUCUGUUUGCAAUGACGAACAGUUAAUUGCUGCCAACAUGCGAAUGAAACUCUUUGGUCCAGACUAUAAAAAUAUGGAUCCUGAGAAGUCCCUUAGAGACUUUCAGGAGCGUGUUCGAUUGUACGAACAAAAGUAUGAACCGCUUGGAAAAUUCGAGGAAGAUCUAAAUCUACGCUACAUCAAGGUAAUCGAUGUAGGUAAAAAAGUAGUUGCCUUUAAUAUUCGAGGAUUCCUUGCCGGUCAGGCAGUUUUCUUCUUGCUUAACUUUAAUCUUUCGCCUAGACAAAUAUGGGUUACUCGUCACGGAGAGUCCUUGGAUAACACAAUGGGUCGUAUAGGAGGUAAUGCUUCAUUAACCAAACUUGGUAAACAAUACGGAGAAGAUUUAGCAAUGUUUAUUGAAACAAAACGUGCCGAAUUUCAAGAUCGAUUAUUUUUUGAUGUGACAAGGGAAUCCAAUCUUAUGAACCAUGGUAAUUUGUCUUUUCAAGGGAAGACAUAUAAUUCAAGCUUUAAUAAUCUAUAUUCGACUGAACACGCCGUAUCAACACCUAUUGAAUUGGAUCCCGAAGAUGAAGAAAAGAUAAUUAAACCGUUUAGUGUGUGGACUUCAAUGAUGAAGAGAAGUAUGGAAACCGCAGCAUAUUUUGACGAUGAACAAUAUGAUAUCAAGGCUAUGCGAAUGCUCAACGAGAUUUGUUCGGGUAUUUGCGAUCAACAUACAUACGAGGAGAUAAAAAAUAACUACCCCGACGAGUACGAAGCUCGAGCAUUGGAUAAACUAAAUUACAGAUAUCCCGGUUCUGGUGGUGAAAGUUACCUAGAUGUUAUUUAUCGGCUUCAAAGCGUUAUUGUUGAAAUAGAACGCAUGAAGCAUCAUGUUUUAGUUAUUGGACAUAGAGUCAUUACAAGAAUCAUAAUCGCUUAUUUUCUUGGAUGCCGUCGAGAAGAUAUUGCACAUUUAAAUGUGCCUCUUCACACUGUUUAUUGUAUCGAGCCGCAGCCGUACGGCACAAAUUUUUAUCAAUAUAAUUAUGACCCGCAGACUCGCACUUUCACCCGUGUACCCUUCCAUGUCUGACAAAGAAAUAUAAAAUUUCUAAACUGACAUUGGUGUCUAAUGAUGUUUAUGAAGAAAUAAACAAGAAAAAGAAUAAUUUUUUAACCUUUUGUUCAAAAAAUGCAGGAUUUUGAUUUGUAUUUUUGUCAUUCAUAGUCUCGUUUUUUUAUUUCAGAGUGUUCUGUUUACUGUUUCGUAAACUGAUCAUAGUAUUUAUAUUAAUAAAUGAUUUGAAUGCCAC